AUGCAACCCGGGGAGGUGGCCAGCCUGGGGUACCCCCUGCUAGAGAGAGAGAGGAUGGCGAUGGGGGAGAGGGGCAUGGCGAUGCCGCCGUUCCAGUUCAGCAGGUUCUUCAGCCCGCCGCCGCCGGUCGCCGCUGCCGUCGCCUCCUCCAACUCCGACGAGGGGGACGGGCAGCAGCGGGGCCUGGUGGUGGAGGAGCGGCGGCGGCGGCGGAUGAUCUCCAACCGGGAGUCCGCCCGCCGCUCCCGCAUGCGGAAGCAGCGCCAUCUCGACGAGCUCCAGUUUCAGGUCUCCGGCCUCCGCUCAGUCAAUCGCCGCCUCAUCGACCAGCUCAACCGCGCCAUCGCCGACCGCGACCACACGCUCCUCGAGAACUCCCGCCUCCGCGGCGAGGUCUCCGGCCUCCAGCGGCGCCUCCAGGCCUCCGCCGCCGCCUCCCUCGGCCACACCCACUCCGACGAACUCAACCAGGAGGAACACGAAGAAUCUCACCCAUCUUCCAACCUUCUUCCCUGA